UUGACUUCCUGAUUUCUUCCGGAUGCGCACACUCUCUGGUGGAGCAUCUCUCCACUUAAACUACUAUAGUUUGCAUAAUGAAGGUCGUUACCUGGAACAUUAAUGGCAUAAGGACUUUCACAGGCGGCAUUAAAAAGACUCUUGAUUCACUGGACGCAGAUAUUAUCUGUGUUCAAGAGACAAAAGUGACAAGAGACUGGCUUGAUGAAAGAAGUGCAAUUGUUGACGGCUACAACUCCUAUUUCGGCUACAGUCGAGGACGCAGCGGCUAUUCAGGGGUUGCUACAUACUGUAAGGACAGUGCCACUCCUUUUGCUGCUGAGGAGGGUCUCACAGGUCUGUUGACCAACCAUGAGGGGUCUGUUGGAUGCUACGGGGACCACACUGAGUUUCCCAGCAAAGAGCUGCAGCUUCUGGACAGUGAAGGGCGAGCUGUCAUCACACAGCACAGAAUCAUGUAAGAGAACGAUAUUCUUCGGACUCUUACUGUAAUCAAUGUAUACUGUCCGCGGGCUGACCCUGAGAAGCCGGAGCGAAAGCAUUUCAAACUACAGUUCUACAAGCUGCUUCAGUGUCGGGCUGAAGCUAUACUGAAUGAUGGCAGCCAUGUGAUUGUUUUAGGAGACGUAAACACAUCUCACCAAGCAAUAGACCACUGUGACCCCAGUGAUACUGAUGAUUUUGGUGAAAACCCUGGGAGGAAAUGGCUGAAUGGUUUUUUGUACCGUGGCAAACAAGAAGAGAACAGGAUUGAGGAGGAACCUGCUGAAGAAUCGGAGGGAACCUCAACAGAUCACAUCCAUGUUGGAAAGUUUGUGGAUACCUUUCGCUAUUUCCACCCAACUCGCACCAGUGCCUUCACAUGCUGGUCCACUCUCACUGGAGCGCGACAGACCAACUAUGGCACACGCAUUGACUAUAUAUUUGCUGAUUGCCAGCUAGCCAAGGAGCAUUUUGUGGCAGCAGACAUCAUGCCAGAGGUAGAGGGGUCAGACCACUGCCCUGUAUGGGGACAACUAAGCUGUCCUCUCCUGCCCAGCUCCAAGCCUCCUCCCCUCUGUACUUGCUACCUGCCAGAGUUUGCGGGCAAGCAGCAGAAACUCUCCCGCUUCCUUGUUAAGGUAGACCAAAAAUCAGUUCAGUCUGAGCAGAGGGACAUAUUACCUGGAUCUCAAGAAGAGGAGGAAAGGAGGGAGAAUUUAAACCCAUUCAGAGCUGGACACACCUCUGGUAAAAAACGGGUGUUAACAUCAGAUUCUGUCAUCCCAAAGGGGAAGAAGACAAAAACAGUAAAAGCUUCUUCAAAGCCUCAGGGGAGCCUCCUUUCCUUUUUUAAACCUAAACAUGCAAAUGGCGCUCCCCCCUCUGAAGCUCCUGUCAGGCAGUGUGAAAGCACACAUGACCUGGAUGAAAUUACCUCAUCACAAAACUCCCCCAAAGCCCCCGCAGUUAAAGAAAAUGUGUCCUCUGUCACAGGCAGGAAACCAGAAGACUCAGAGCGAGUCUUGGAUGGUUCUUCCCAGGUGUGUUCCAGCAGCGCCACAACAGUAGCUGACAAAGAGAUGAGGACAAAACAAGCAACCCAACAAACCAAUGUGGGGCAUUCAAAUGCUAAGAAAGGUGAAUCAUCAGUGUUUUGGAAGUCGCUGCUUCAUGGACCACCUCCACCACCCUCCUGUAAGGUGCACGGGGAGCCUUGUGUGCUUCGUACUGUAAAAAAGGAGGGGCCAAACAUGGGCAAACAGUUCUUUGUGUGUGCCCGUCCUCAGGGACAUGCCUCCAACCCUGAAGCCCGAUGUAAUUUCUUUGCAUGGGUUGACAAGGGGAAGUGACCUGUUUACCGCAUAGACCACAAGUAGUUUUCCUUAAUUAUCAGUAAACCCAUUUUGUAAAAGUGCUACUAACUACAGAUAUGUCAUCAUUUCACAGUUGUAUUUGUUGACUUGUGUUUGUUUUUAGCAAAA